AGGUUUGUCUGCUGAAUGUAGCCUGUAACCAAGUUAGCUAACAUGUCAAGUCAUAACAACCUCUUUAUCUGCUGUCAUAGCAACACUAAUUCUUUUAGCCCCGUCUCGUCCCAUACUAGCCUUAAAACAUUAAAGUUCGCACAACUUUAAAUAGCUCUUACUCUGGGGCGUUUUAACGUGGCGGCCUCUCUAGCCGGAAGUCGUGUGUCCUUCACUCGCCGUUACUUGACACUGGCCACUGAAGGAAAAAACGGAGCAGAAGAGCGAAACAUGGCGACUUCGAACAAUCCGCGGAAAUUCAGCGAGAAAAUCGCUUUACAUAACCAGAAGCAGGCGGAGGAGACGGCGGCGUUCGAAGAAGUGAUGAAGGACCUGAGCAUCACCCGGGCAGCGAGGUUACAGUUGCAGAAGACCCAGUAUCUGCAGCUGGGGCCGAACCGCGGGCAGUACUAUGGAGGAUCUUUGCCGAACGUCAAUCAGAUUGGAAACGGCACCGUCGAUUUGACUUUUCAGACUUCAGGUCUUGACUCGAACAGAUCGACACGACACCACGGGUUGGUGGACAGAGUCUACCGGGACCGGAACCGCAUCACGUCACCCCACCGAAAGCCCCUGUCUGUUGACAAACAUGGACGCCAGAUUGACAGCUGUCCAUAUGGCUCAGUGUAUCUGUCACCACCACCUGACACCAGCUGGAGGAGGACAAACUCUGACUCAGCACUGCACCAGAGCACAUUAACUCCUGCCCAGCAGGCCUCUUUCACCGGAGGGUCGCAGGAGCUGCAGCCAAAACGGGUUCUCCUGCUCACUGUACCAGGUGUUGAAGCCAUUACACAAGAGGGUGAUGAAGAUGGACAAAAACAGGACUGGGAGUGCAAAAAGGACAUUUCAAGGUCCAAGCCCUGCAAAGUUCCAGGGAUCCACAUAUUUCCGUCUCCGGAGCAGCAGUUGACCACUUCACUAAAACCAGCGGCCCACAACACUGGCGGCUCUCUUCCUGACCUGACCAACAUCCAGUUUCCUCCUCCGCUGCCCACCCCGCUCGACUCAGAUGAUGCAGCAGCCGCCUCGUUCAGCUCCUCCAACAGCACACAGACCCUGGCCAACACGCAAGGAGUGAACACAUCUCAGCCCACAGUAACCAUGGAAAUGCAGCCCGGGCAGGACGACAUGGUUCCUCUCAUCCUGAAUGCAGGAGACUCCCACCAGCUCUCCCCGACGUCUCCACCUCUCACUCUCUCUCAGGCGGCCAUCAACGCCAUGAACCUCGAGCAGCAGCUGUCCCAGUAUGCCUUCUUCAACCAGCAGCCGUCGUCCCAGAACCACCAGAACCAGCAAACUGGUCUGGUCCAGCUGUCGUCCUCGGUGAACUCCUGCUCCACGUCAGACAACCAGCAGACGUCCUCGCCAACCAACAUGACCAUAGACAUGAACACGGCCUCCUCCCUCCAACAGUACCGCAGUAGGGUCGGAUCCUCUGCCAAUCAGUCUCCGACCUCCCCCGUCUCCAAUCAAGGCUUCUCACCCGGAGGCUCGCCUCAACAUAACUCCAUACUGGGCAGCGUGUUUGCAGACUUCUACGACCAGCAGCUGCCGUCCAUUCAGGCCAGCGCUCUCUCGCAGCAGUUGGAGCAGUUCAACAUGAUCGAAACCCCCAUCAGCUCCGACAGCCUGUACAACCAGACCUCCACCCUCAACUACUCCCAGGCACUCAUGAUGGGCUUGACUGCCGGCCACUGCAACCUGCAGGACUCGCAGCAGCUGGGCUACAGUAACCAUGGCAACAUCCCCAACAUCAUCCUCACAGUGAGUGGAGAGUCUCCCCCCGGCCUGCCCAAGGACCUGACUGGAACGCUGUCCACGGACGUCAGCUUCGACAUCGACUCCCAGUUCCCGCUGGACGAUCUUAAAAUCGACCCGCUGACGCUCGACGGCCUGCACAUGCUCAACGACCCGGACAUGGUCCUCGCCGAUCCCGCCACGGAGGACGCCUUCCGCCUCGACCGGCUCUAACCGCCGCUCAUGCGCAGGUGUGCGGACGCUGCCGGGGAGAGGUUUGCAUCUGGGAGGGGGGAUUUGUAGACCUCUUCAGCGUCGAUUUUCCACACCAACCAACCACAAUGGAAACCCACAAGAGAGCUUUUAAAAGAACUGAUCAGAAUUGAGUGAAGACUGCUGCCGGUCUCGCCUCUUCUACAGGAGGUGGUCUGCGACCGACGACAGUGGAGUUAUGGUAUGAACGAUGCUCAUGGUUCUGUCACCGCUGUUUCUUUUUUUUUGCAAAAUAACACAUCCAGUCAUGGUUUGUUUUACAUUGUUUUCAUUUUGAGGGAGCUUGAUCACACGGGCAGAGGGAGCCUGGUCUCCUAUUCUCCAUCAGUGACUGACGAAACUAUCUACAGUACACUUAUCACUCACCUGUUAACAUAGAGUAGCUUGAUCAAGUUUGACCUCCCUCCGUGCCAAGUGGCUUGUUCUCCACGCCCCGUCCGGAUGUUACUUUAGUGCUACUCCCCGUGUGGUUUGUCAUAGAAACCAAAGUCAGGCCUGGUUUUUUUUCGAUUUUAUCCCCGACCUCGUCUAAAGUUCGAGCGACGGCGAGCCAUUAUUUUGCUGCCUGAGUUCUUUUUAGGAGAUGCUGGGUUCCGAUUUCACCACAGUAAAUAGCGGUCAUCAGUUAUGCAUGAAAUCACAAAUCACUGUGCAUACUUGUUUUGCCUUAAUAGCUUGACAUUUUGGUUUUCAUGCAAAGAUGACUAUUAUGUAAAUGAGAUGGGGGGGGGGAACAAACAUUUUAUCUGUCAAGUGAUUUGUACUGUUCUACAGGUGGUCUGGCCUACAUCGUUCACAACUGCAUUACUGUGUUUCUGAGGUGUGCUGAUCUUUAUCCAUCACUUCAUCCAUCGUCACUACCGCAUCGCAUUUCAUUCAUCAGUCAGAUCUUAAUGGACAAAUGAGUUCUUUGUUAUGAAAUAGAUGUUUACAGGCUUGUUUAUGUUUUAUAUUUUACAUGUACAGAAUGUGAUUAGAUUUUGCGUAAUGGUAUCUAUGCAAAAACUACAGCGAUCGAUUUAGGACUGUAAAAAAAAAAAAGAAAGAAAAAAAACGAAAACAGCUACAAGUGAAACCCUUACGAAAAGGAAGCCAACGUGCACGAUUCUUAUGGAAUGCACGGCGAUGGUGCCAUGUUGCGUUUCUUUUAAUACGUUUUGAAACAUGUUUCUUUCAGACUGGUAAUGGUGUAGAGCAAAAUGAUAAUAAAAAAAGGCUCAGUGAGUGUGGCACACAGUAGAAACUCUCCUGGAUUACUCCCAAAGAUGUGACCUCAGUGUAGUUGAAAUAUAUAUAUUUUUCCAGACAAUUGAACUGCCUCUAUACUAGAACAGCAUUGUUGAUGCAAUGAGAAUGUAUUUAGGUCACAUCUAUACAGUUGUGUUGUUGCCAUCGUGUCAUCCUCAUUGCCUCUCUCAUGUCUAGCCUUUACGUACUGUAGGACCAAAUAUAUUUCACCUGUUUGUUCUCCCUGCGAAGGAGAUAUGGAGCACUGUUUUAAGUUUUACAUGUUAAGACUUACCUUUUUGUUUCCUCGGCACUACAGUGACACUGAAUAUAUGUUUCCCCGACGCGCUCUUGUUGUCCAUGCCCGUUAUCGAUUCGCUCCGUGUCCCUCCGCUCUUUGGUUUCUGCAUCCGUGCAGAUUCGUGCAUCUUGCUCUUCGAAAAUGGUCGGGAAAAAAGGAAAUGUCCUCUGUGAAGUCAGCGUGUUUCUCAGUGAGUGCAUUCGUUCAUAACCAUGUCCCGUAUCUCAUAUUGCACUUUAUGCAUUGAAUUAAAACACUGAUUAAUGAGAGUUUAUAUACCAAACCCCCUCCCUGUGACUGUUAUGUGCACUGGACCUGUUUUGCCCUGUCUUUGAUUAAACUUGCCUUCUUGUACAAAAAAAAAAAAAAGAACUUUGAAAAAAAGCUAAAUUAUAGUUAUUUUUGAAAAGUCGUAUAUGGAUAGUCUAUUUAAAAGAGCUGUUUUUACCUAAUCAGUGAGUAUUUUGUGAGCUGUCUACUGUUACACGGUUUUUACCUAAAUUUAGGGGAGAACAUUUGUACUCCGGGACUGUGGUGAUCAGAGGUGCGUCGGCCAUGUUCCUGCACUGCAGCUCUAAGCUAGAAAAAUGCGUAUAAUUAAUCACUGAUCUGCAAAAAAAGGAGCACUGUGUAGUUUUGGAGAAGAAAAUCAAACUUUCAAUAUCUGCAAUAGCAAACUGAAUAAACAAGCUGUUCUCGGAGGAUAAUAAGGUCCUCAGAGCACUGCAUGAAGCUAGAAAGGUGGUGGGGUCCGCCACAUAUAAACAGAAGUAAACAAGUAAAAUGGUAUGAAAUCGUGUGUUUGUUUAUUCAGUUUGUAUAAGCAUGAAAAAAACUGUCAAAGAAGAUUGUUCUCUUCUGAUCAAAAUGUCUUCCCCAAAACUACGAAGUGCACUUUUGUGCAGUUAAGAUACAGGUACAGUGAGGUGCGAUCUCUCAGAGGAGAACAUUUGCAGGGCAUGUUAUCACAAUGCUGUGCGGGCUGGGAUCCACCAAUCCCUGAAAAGUAUUUUAUGGAAUUUAUAUUGUAAUUCAGUCCAGGUGUAAUUCUUACCAAAUUGACCAUAAAAUGAAUAUAGGUUCAUUUCUAGGACACUAUAGAGCCAUUUUCCAUCAAUCCACACAGUGAAAAAAAAAGGCUAUUCUGUAGCUGGAACAUUGCGUCUGUCAGUGUGUGUGAAGGUCCUCCUGUGCCGACAUACGUCACCUUUAUUCUCACACAGUGUAAAUCAAAAUGUUAUCAAAUCAGUUGGCUUUGAGUUGUUGAGUUUGAAUAGCUUUUUCCUUUUUUGGGGGGGAAGUGCUCUAAUGUUUUGGAUGCAUCAGGUUUCUGGAUUUUGAUGUGGUUAUGAUUUUUUUUUUUUUUCUAUUUUAACAAUGUUGUGACUGCAUGAAUCUCCGGACUUGUUUUAUCCCCUUUAUGCCUCUGGGUUUUAUUCCCCUGCGAAGGGUGGAGUCAGAUUUGUUUGUCUCAGUGUUUUUUCUCGUUUGGUGAUAUUGUCCUUUGUCUCUUUUUGAUUCAAGCGUCAUGUGUUAGGCUAUGUAUCUGCUAAAUGAAGCCUAAAAGCAUCAGAAAUAUGGUAAUCGGCCUUUUAUGCACAUGUAGAAGCUGUUGUUUGGUACUACGUUUUACACUGCAAUAUACGGUUUGUGCUUUUUUUUUUUUUUUUCUGUGCAACCCCCCACAGAGUUUUAUUAUGUCAUGGUAAAUCUAGACUAGCUUUGUAUAUGGCUGUAUGGUAGGAACAGUGUUUUUUGUGCUUUAUGUGAUAUGAUGUCAAAAGUGAGAAAAUGCACUGAGAAAUACCGUGCUGCAAUUUGUCUAUUGUGGCGCUAUAUAUUCUCUGCUCGACCUCAGACUUUUAUCGUGAGCCUGACAACUACUUUUUUCUUUGUGCUCAUGUAGAUAGCUCUUGACUGGUGUGUCGCCUGUUACUGCCACCUUUUUAUGCAUCAACGUUUCAGGUAUCCAUUGGUAAUAUUCUACCAGUGUUUACAAGAGUUUACAAAAAGAGCAGUGUUUGUUUUUCUCUCCUUAAAUAUGUUUCAGCUUCGUUAAAUACUGCACUGGAAACACAGACUACAUAUGAACCACUUGCAGUGUAGAAUGGCAAUUGAAAUUUAACAGUGAGUCGGUAAUGUCAUUUAAAGUGUAUGACAAUGAAUUGAAAUAUAAUGACAAUAAUUAUCUAUUUUGUCAGGUUUAGAAGUUUUUGGAUUUAAUUACAUUUCCUUCGGACUUCAUCCGUAUGCAUUUCGAGGCCCUGAAAGCACUUUUGAGAUUUAUCCACGGAUUUUUACUCUGCAGAAACUCCCUUUCCUAUUUAGCUGCUAUGAGCGGUUACAUGCCAUCAGAAGUUUAUACUCUACUUGUAGGAAUGUUGUUGAAAAUGUUUAGAAAUUAAACUAAAAGUAUAAAGAUAAUGCAAAGAAAUGGCCCGGCCCAUCCCAUUGAGAGGGCUGAGGGGACGGCUACGGCUUUCGAGAAAAACCAAGAAAAGAAAAACUACACAAUGAUUCUGUAGCACCACAGUCCACCGAGGGAGAGCGCCUGGUUGUGCUGUCCCCGGGAUUGUGUCUAAAAGUGUUAGAAGGUAGUUGCUGAAGUAGACGUUGUAAGAGUUAAACAGUGGUCGUAGGUCGAUGCCGAGGCCAUCCCUCAACCAUCACUGCUUCAAGUCCCAUAAACACUAACUCUCCCCUGGUCCUCGAACUUUCAGUCUGAACCGCUAGCUGCACAGCUAACUGAGCUAACUAGCUAACGGCAGCUUGCGUUAGCAGCAGUUUGCAGUUAGUCUGGUAUUUCUUUUGAGUAUGAAUUUGAAAGGUGUCCAAUUCCUACAUAUCGCACCUUUAAAAGAAUAGGUUCGAUAUAUAUAGUUUUAAUUUUAAAGUUUAUCUUCUCUAUUUCUUUUAGUAUUAAACCAAAAUGCCAAAGUUCAAAACAGCCAUAAAUGAGAGAAUACGUAAAUAUUUUAUCCUUCUAACUGUGGAAACACACCCUCUCCGUUAGUUUUCCAAAAAAGAUAUUUCACUGGGUUACAGUAUACUUCAUAUAUGAACUAUGAACGUAUCAAUGCGUUGUUUACAGUGAACAUUGUUACUGAAGUUCUUGCAGCAUAACUUAAAGAGAUGUGACACAUUUAUCUCUCUUAUCUGCAUGAUGCUGAAUUUCAAAAUAUCUCAGAAAAUACCUUGACAUAAUUUAUUUUGCUUCAAAGUAAGUAUUCCGUUUCCGUUUUUUUUUUAAUCUGCUGUUAAACACUAUUUUGUAGUGAAUAUUGCUAUUUACAUCUUGUCUGAGAGAUCACAUAUAGAUACAAUGAGAUAUAACAUAAGAAAUAGCAGAUACAAAUACUGUACAGUCAGGCUAUAUAUAUAUAUCUAUAUCUAUAUCUAUAUCUAUAUAUAUAUAUAUAUAUAUAUAUAUAUAUAUAUAUAUAUAUAUAUAUAUAUAUACACUUUGUGAUCAACCACACGUUAAAACACAAACUGAUAAAGGAAGAUGAAACAGAGUCAUAGUUGUGUACAGUCACUCAGUGGGUCACCCACAUCUUUGAAUCCUUCGUGUGCAUUUUGAGGACAGCCGACUGCUGGUUCAAGCCUCAUAUAAUGGCAGCUAAAUUGUUAUAUAAUGUAUUUUGUUUCUGAGUACAGUGACACAAAAACACUGCACAUGCAUUUUACUGCCGUGAAGGGGUGAACUAUGCUCCUGCGUAUAGUACACUCGCAGCAACAGGAAACAUAAUGCUCAUAGAAUAUGCAAAGUCUAGCAUUCUGCAGCACAGCUUGGCAAGUUGGUACUUUUUUGAGCUAACCCUUUAAAAAUUACUGGUUCAAACCUUGUUCUUCAAAUUGUGUGUUUUCUAUUUUAACUGUCGAAUCGGACCAAAAGAAUCCAAGUUGGCUGUAAAUGUGUGCUAUAUUCAAGAUGAAAUACGCUUCUGUUUGAACUGUACCUGAUGUAUUUUUCUCGUGUGAAGGCUUCUGUCUUUGUAUCUUUGCAUUAUUAUUUGUAAAUGAAAUGAGAAAAUAAAUAUAUCUGAAUAAGCAAA